AAAAAAAAAAUGAAGAGUUGUGGUCCUUGUGGACCCUGCGGUCAGUGGCGUUUCACACUUUCACUGCUCUUUUUCCUCAUUUUGUAAGCAAACGAAGAGGAUGACCUGUACCAAGUUUGGUGUACAAAAAAGCUACCCUUUUGUUAAAAAGAAAGUUUCCAGUGACCUUGUCAAUGUCCGUAAAACAUAAUAGAAGGUCUUAUCCAGGUAGCCAUCUUUUUUACUCUUCGAGGCUCUGAUUCCCCCCGAAUUAGUCAAUAUUACUUUACAAAAAUCUGUACUAAUAGUCUAAUACCAUAGUUUUCCGCUCUGAAUCUUCUUGUUUGGAGUUAUUACCGUGUUCCUGGUGCCCUUGUCCAUGGGCUGAAUGACAGGCAGAGGGUGAGAACCCCACAAUUAUUUAGCCCAACGCAUACACACGGGCACAUCUGCAGAGUUAACAGGAAGGAACCAUCUAUUAUUGACUUUGGAGAUCAUUUUAGGGGGGAUUUAUUAAAGGUGCAACACAGAUUCAGCUUUUCUGGUUCACAUUUAAUGAUCUCAGUUUCAGAGGAUGUUUACAUGAGGAUUCUCCAUCUGGGCUACUGUAAAAAUGACAACUUUACACCAAUCAGGUGUUGAUAUGGGAGCUGGCAAUGCUGCUUGUGCUGAUAGUGGCUCCGGAGAUCAUUGUAUUCCCAUUGUUGUGGGAGAAGGAAGUAGCUAUCCUGGGAACGAGAACUUGGCCCAAGAGGAAAAAAAUGUUCCUUCUAGCAUAUCUGGGACUGGGACGGAGAUUGUAGGGGUUCAAGAUACAGGCAGAGAAUCCUCUGUUUCGGAUUGUUCAGUGGUGGUGGAUCUGGAAGCUGGUGCUCAAGAGACUAAGGUACAUUUGUCCAAAACUGAAAGGGAUUGCAGAAUUUGCCACCUCAGCUUAGAUGUAGCCAAUCAAGAAUCUAAUGUCCCCAUUGAAUUGGGUUGCUCUUGUAAAGAUGACUUGGCUGCUGCUCAUAAACAUUGCGCUGAGGCUUGGUUUAAGAUCAAGGGGAACAAAACCUGCGAGAUAUGUGGAUCAAUUGCACGCAACGUUGUUGGCAUAAAUGACUCAGAGUUUUUGGAUAAUGAAGGAAGCGAGACUUCCAUUGUGGCUGCUGCGCCAAUACCUGUAUCAGAGUCGCGGAACUUCUGGCAGGGUCAUCGGUUUCUUAAUUUCCUGUUAGCCUGCAUGGUUUUUGCAUUUGUCAUCUCCUGGCUCUUUCACUUUAAUAUACCGUCAUGAUAGUCAUUUGGCAGGAGGACCUUCCGAUUUAUCGGAAAAAUGUACAUUUCAUUUCAGUUGAAUUCUAUCAGACUUCUGUGGCUAUUGGCCUACUAGGUAUAGUCUAGAGCGAACCCUGUAAUAUUUCUGCUUGUUUAUAGUAGCUAGUGAUUUAGAACAGAUGUUGCGUUGUGCUGUAUUUAUUCUAAUGCUUCUCCUCCUUCUUACGGUAUUUCGCCGCCGCGUAUGGAAUGAAUCAGGCUAGUGUCCGUUCACCAUUGGUUGAGGCUUGGAUUGACAUCUGCUGGUUGUAUUCCACUUAAAAAACAAUGUACUGUAUAAUAAUUGUUAGUUAUGAAAUUAUUAAGGUUGAAGAAGAAACAAGAAAGUAGUUUGCGGAAUCUGUAGCCUUUGCAGAACCUUCACUGCUGAAAGCAGCAAGUAAUAAAUAUAAGUCAGAUGUUAACCCUAGCAUCAUGGUAUCCUCUAAACUUAGAAGUCUUACCAUACGACGGAUCUUCACCAACUAACUCAAUUAUCUGUCGUCAUCUUGUUAUGUCCCUUGUCAAAAAGUGCAAUGUAUAUAUAGAAGUUACAAAAAAAUUUCAAUUCAAACAACCAUAUCAUGAAUUAAAUUACCAGCAUAACAGAAUCAAGUUGCAGGAAAUUCCAUUCG